AUGAAGAUUUCCGGGACUGAAUGCACACCACCCGCACCUCGAACGUUCAACACAGACCAGGGGUACCGGCUGCCAGCAUCACGAAUAGGACUGAAGAGAGAGAACCGCGUCUCAACGUCCAGCGUCGCUUUACCACAGACCAUUACACUAGCCCCGGCAAGAGCCCACACCAUCCCCUCCUUCGCCUCCUUCAUCUCGCACAACCAGCCCUCCAGCAUGUUCGCCCUUUUCUCCAAGAUACAAGAUGACCAGCCCGAAGAAGACGAGUCGGCACCCGCCACCCCACCUACUAGGGACGACACUUCGAAAACUUCACUCCCCGGCAGAGUUGCAUCGCCUAAGAAAGCUACCGCCCAGAUCGACCCGGUGGACGGCAAGACGAAGACGUGCGACCGCGGGAGGACGUUCGAGACCUUCGUGGACGUGGGAAAGCUGACGGCGGAUCUAGGGGUGACGGAGGCAGUGGGAUCGAGCAGUGAUGCUAGGCGCGGGCUGGGGAAGGUGAGGGGGUGGGUCGGGCGGAGGAAGGGGCCGGGUUGCUAG